AUGUGCUUACAAAUCAUCGAUCAAAUGCAGCAGCCAAGCUUGGCCGUGAAUGAACUUGCUGAGGCACGUGCAGUGCUGGCCACAUUGGAGAGGCGGGAACGAGAACUCACUGCAGAGUUCAAUGAUGUCCGCGCUGCCCUCGACUUGCAGAGGCACAAAAUCGAGGAAUCCAUCAGGCGGUUACCUGUGUCUCCUAUCAACCGCCUCCCUAACGAGAUGCUUUUGCAAAUUUUCGAGUUAAUCAUUCGGGGCGUGGACGACCUGGAUUUUCGUGUGCGUCGGAAAGGAGUGCUGGCGGGGGUGUCGAGGCGGUGGAGAAAUGCGAUCUGGAGCAUACCAUGUCUGUGGACCACCAUCAAAGUAUCCUCGUCGUGGAGCAGAGCGCUCAUUGAAGCCCAUGUCACGCGGAGCUCUGAAUCACUACUGGACAUCGAAAUCGACUCUCGUAGUGGAUGGAUAAUGACUCAAGGCGAAUCGUUUAUACCAUUGCUUGACCUUGUCGCUACUUGCGCAGAACGCUGGCGCAGCCUCACUGUAUUGUCGGAUGCCUCUUUUCCAGCAUUGCUAGUCCUGGGAAGGUUUAACCAUCUGUCCCUUCCUUCGUUAACAUCCGUUUCGAUUGCGGAUGUUCCUAGCUGCCCUCCGCAUCAGUUUGACUUGCCAUUCCUUCUGCCCAAAUGUGCCCCCCGUAUAGAAGACAUCUACCUUUCUGGAGCAAUUAGAGUGCUAAUGGGCUGCGAGAUACCUUCUAGCGUCAAGACGCUGGCCUUAAGACUCUACCUCCCUUCUCAGAGCGAAAUCAGUGGUGUCUCCAUCGACUUCGGGCAGUUCCCUCCCAAUAGUCUUCGAUUCCCUCUUCUCGAAAAGCUCGCGUGCGAAAUUGGUCUCUCGGCUGAGCUGAUGUGUGCCAUCGUGGCGGCUAGACUCAAGCGAUUUCAUGGUCGGUGGCUCCGCUCCGUUCCAUCGCUGCAUGACACUUUCGCGGGCGCUAUUGGCAAGUUCAGCAACGUUGAUCAUCUUGACUUGCAUCGCGAAUUUCCUGGUCACGAUACCGCAUCAGAGUCUUUAUGUCUGGCAUUCCCUGCUGUGCGUCACUUGACACUCUCAAAGGACCACACAAUUGCAAUCCUUCGUUCUGCAGAGAGUUCAGACACGGCCUUUAUCGAUGAGUUAGCCGGCUGCCUUGGGCGACGACGAGAGGCGGGUCUAUCAAAGCUGCGAUUACACUUUCCAACACCCUUUCUAGCAGAGAGAAUUUCAUUCGUGUAUGAGCGGCUUAACGAUGAAUGUGUUCUGGAAUGUGCGUAUGGCGCGCGGUAUCAAACUCUUAGGGGUGGUCGGUGGCAAGUUGUGGUUGGUGACGACUGUGUCUUUGGUACGGACAUUACCUCUAUGCUGUAUGCCGACAUUGAACAUUUCCCUCCUAAAUAG